GUGAGCGCGAGCAGGACGCCACUCAUCCCGCGAGCACCGCGACCGCGAGACCGCCGACUUCUUUACCGAGCAUGGCUGAGGAUCGAAACGGCGGCUCGCGCGAGCACCGGCUCCAGCAGCCGCGAGCGUCGGGGGCCGCGCGCCAGUCCGCGCUGAGCCUGCAGAAGAGACAGGCGCGCGUGACGGUGAAGUACAGGCGCGCGGAGCUCCAGAAGAGACUCAACACGGAGGAGUGGAUCGAGCGCGCGCUGCAGGAUCUCUACACCGGAGCGGAGGAAGAAAUGCCAGAGGAGAUUGAUAUAGACGACCUGCUGGUACUGCAGAGUGAUGAGCAGCGAGCACAGAAACUACAGGCCUUCAUUAGUGAACUUCUCCAGAUGUUGCAUGGCCUUCACAAACAGGAAGAACUCCAGAAAGAGGGCAUUGAGCAUCCCUGUCUCCAUAGUUACCCCCAUCACCACGGCAAUGCCCAUCACCACGGAGAGCACCAUGAGCACCAACAACGAACCCACCAGAGCCUGUAGCUGUAUUCAGGAAUGUACUGCACUGCAAACCUACGGGACAAGAAGAAGUUCCCUCAGACCCCACAUUCUGAUGACACUAGCCUUGUACUUACACAUUUUACUCAGUGAAAAAACGUAUGUAAUUAAUAUCAUUAAGUGCCUUUGUUGUUACGAUGCAACUGCUUUUACAGAUUUCCCAAAUCCUUUGCUUUAAAGGUAUAACAUUAAAGGAAUUGUUUGUUGAAAUACCAGAUUUACAAGGUGUUCCGAAUACAACUACAAGGAUAACACAGCUUACUGGCCAUCUAUCCAACUCAAAAUCUGUUUGUUUCUUUGUAUUUCUUUCACCACAUACACUAUAUGGCCAAAAGUAUUGGGGCACAGUUUAGGGAAGGCCUUUCCUGUUCCAGCACGAUUGUGCCCCUGUGCACAAAGCAAGCUCUAUAAAGACAUCCAUGAGUUUGCAAAUUUGUUAGACAGUGUAAACUUUAAAACAUAAGAAGUUUAUGAUAUAUUUGUUUUUUGGGUCAGUUUAUAAGUCCAUGAUAUUUAUUCAAUAGUUUUAAUGUCUAUUAUUUUAUAAGAUAGAGAAUACUAAACAAAUACUAAUAAACAUCCCUUUCACAAGGUGUGACCAAACUUUUUAACUGCUGUUGUAUAAAUGGCCACCCAGACCAGAAUUAUAUAUGUGUGGUUUUGAUGGUAUUAAUGUAUAUUUAUAGUUUUUAUGGUAAUAAGCAAUUUUACAGCACCAGUGUGAAUAAAAAUGGUCAAACAGAUAAGAA